CAUCCAGUAGUCGGUCCUGCCCAAGUGUACGUCCGUGUGUGUGUUUGUGUGUGUGUGUUCACCUUUGGCUGCUAUCGAUGCGGAUGUAAUCCGUUUGUACUCAAAAACAUCCGAUUAAAACUGCGCGCAUUUUUAUACACAACAACAAAGUGUUGGUCACAAUUAGUUUAAAAUUUCGGCCUUUUUUUUUGUGUGUGUGUGUGUGUGUGUGUGUGCGCGCGCUGGUGAAAACACGGUGUGUGCGUGUGUGUAUGUGUGUAUUUUUCACCGGCCCGAGGAUAGAGAAAGAGAACUGCUGAUGUUUUAAUUAAAAACAAAAACGGGCUAACUACUUCACCUUCUGCGGUUAUCGAACCAUGGCCGUGAAGUUCCAUCAACCCGACGAGCUGGAAACUUGAACAAACAACCAACACCAAAUAUUAUUAUUUUUUUUUUAAUUAUUAUUAUUAAAAAAAAAAUAUAUAUUGAAAUAUAUUUUGGUUGUCAUUGAGACUUCUGCUAACCGACGUGGCAUUCACGACAGCAAUCUCCAAUUGAUCAACAGACUAUAAAAAAAAAAACUGAAUCAAAGUGCGUUUAUUCGGACGAUUUUCAAAGGACUCGGUGUGAAAAAAAAAACAAAUUUCAUCAUGGACACAUCAAGAGCCAAGUUGAUUGUCUUCGUCUUGGUUUCGUUAAUGAUGGACGUCGGAGCGGCAAUGCUGGAUGAUUUUGGCGGAAACGAGGCGAGAGAUCCGCUGGAGCCGCAAUGGUCCACAUGGUCGGAGUGGGCGCCGUGUUCGAGGACGUGCGACGGUGGUGCCACCUACCAGACGCGUCGCUGCAUGGACACGGUGCGCGGAUGCGGAAUCAACGGACGUAGCAUCCGCUAUCAGAUUUGCAAUAUGCAGCCGUGCCCGGAAUUGGUCGAUUUCCGGUUGCAGCAGUGCCAAAAUUACAACAGCAUACCUUACCAGGGCAAAUUAUACAAUUGGGUACCGAUCAUGGAUAAAAGCACGCCGACGUGUUCGCUUUCGUGCCGGGCUGUCAACACGUCGCUGGUCGUCCAGCACGCGGCCCGCGUUCACGAUGGAACGCGUUGCAAUCCGGGCAGUUUGGACAUGUGCAUUGAUGGAAUCUGUCAGCCAGUGGGAUGCGAUCUGCAAUUGAACUCUGAUUCGAAAGUGGACGCUUGCGGAGUGUGCGGCGGCGAUGGAUCGACGUGCGCCGACAGCAGCGACGACCUCGUCGUCGGCUACCGAUGGGACUUUGGCCACCGUCUCUCCACCUGCACUGCGUCCUGCGACGGAGGUGAACAGGAAGUCGAAAUCAUUUGCAGGGAUGCCGUGACCGGUUUAGAGGUGCACGAUCAGACGUUGUGCGACCCAUCGAAUCGACCGGCGCCCAAAAUCGUCCAGUGUCACACCGAUCCUUGUCCUCCAAAGUGGAUCGUCGGCCCGUGGGAGGCCUGUUCCGUGACGUGCGGAGGUGGGACCAAGGAGCGUCGCGUCUAUUGCCAACAGGGACGCAAUAACAGCAAGGUGGACGACGUCAUUUGCUCGGCCCUCAUUGGUCAUAAGGCUCGCACUCACGAACCUUGUAACACCCACGACUGUCCCAGUUGGUUCCAAGGUCCUUGGUCUCAGUGUUCGACGUCGUGCGGAGACGGUGGCGUUCAAACGCGAGUUGUGGUCUGUCGUGACGCGCGUGGUCACGUGACAAAUGCCUGCCGACCACAAGAUCAGCCACAAACGAGCCGGCAGUGCCCGUCUCAGCCGGCCUGCCCGUCCACGGUUGCCCCGCCGACCACAGUCACGGCCCCCAAUCGACCGCCCAGGCAAAAAGUGACACCGUUCAGCCUGUUUGACGACGGCGAUGAGGAGGAGGAGGAGGACGAAAAGGAGGAGGACGAGAAGGAACUGAAGGGCGUUUUGGUCCAACAGCCGACCGGCUCCAUUUCCAGCGGUUCCGUUCCAUCGGCCCUGCUCUCUGAGAAGCUGCAAGUCGGCGAGAUCAGUCUCGUACCCACCGAUCCUACUCUGGCGUUGUAUUACGCUUGCGGCUGGUUUUACAAAAGUUUCAUCGCCGGCGAAUGGAGUCCGUGUUCGGUGACUUGCGGAGACGGCACCCGGGACCGCGAAGUUCACUGUAAAAUCUUUCUGGAAUUCUCCAAGACGAUCGCCAAGUUGCCGGACAAGGAAUGCCCUGGACUUAAACCGGCCGAAAUUGAACCUUGUUUUAUGAGACCUUGCAGCCUAUCCAACAAGUACGAGCCGUGGAUUGGCCAAUUCAGCGACCAAUCCAAUUACAAGCUGAUGCUGGGCACUCGCAAACCGGUGGAAGAUCUAAGGACGGCCACGAAAAUGGAGCUGACGAGCGGCAGCGCCAGUGGCGGGCCAGUCACGGUAACGAAACCGUCCUAUUCAGCCCCGCCGUCAGUUACGGCCCCGCUGCUCGCCCAUACGUGGAAAUCGUCGGGAUUUUCGCAAUGCAGCGCAUCUUGUCUCGGAGGAGUGCAGGAAUCCAUUAUUGAGUGCGUCCGGGAGCAGGACGGAGUGCGAGUUAGUCCGCACCUUUGCCCGAUGGACCGCAGGCCGGACGCUAUAACGCGCACGUGCAACGACGUGCCGUGCCCGCCGAGAUGGAACACGUCCGAUUUUUCGUCGUGCAGCCGCUCGUGCGGCGGCGGCGUCCAAACUCGCGAAGUCCACUGCAUCCACGAGGUGGCCCGAGGCGGUAGCAAUACGCUGCCCGUCGGCGCCGACCUCUGCCCCCAGCCGCCGCCUCGUGCCCAGCAAUUUUGCAACAUGAUCGACUGCCCGGUCGAGUGGAAGACGGGCGAAUGGAGCCAGUGUUCGUCGACGUGCGACGGCGGCUUCAAAGUGCGCAAAGUUUCGUGCCAGCAAUUGCUGGCCCUCGGUCAGGUGUUGACCAAGACGGCCAAUCAUUGCAACCCGACGUCGAGGCCGGCCGAAUCGAAGCCGUGCAACACCGGCAAGCCGUGCACGAGCAACAGCCGAGCGGCCGACGAGCAAGAGGAAGAAACGAGAGUGACGACAACUUCCGCCAGCGCUCCAGAGAGGUCGCCACUUGGGCUGGACCUGCCUAAAAUCCAGUCGACCAAUCAGAACUUUGUGCAGCAAAGCCAAUCCAAGAAAAAAGUGACGCUGAAAAUCGGCGGGAAAGCCACCGUUUUCAAGGGCACUCAAGUCAAGAUUCGAUGCCCCGUCAAACACUACGACAAAUCCCAAAUCAGCUGGAUGAAGGAUCACAUUCUUCUGGUUAAGAGCCAGAAAUACGAGAUGAACAAGAAAGGCAUGCUGCGCAUCAGGGACGCUACCUAUAGCGACAGCGGAGUGUAUUCUUGCAUUGCCGGAAGGAGCGCUGCCAAUAUCACAGUGACAGUCAGACCAGCUCCUACAGCGUCCACUAACCUGGAAAAUGAUUGGGACUCUUCGACCCUCGGGGCGAACGGAAAUCGAUCAAAAGUCGAUGGCGGCCACGUUAAGCACCGCGUCCAUCCGAGCGGCGCAUCGAAGGCGGACGAAUCGCCGAGACGAUCGUCUUCCGGUGAUGGGUCGUCGUGGCCGUCGUCUGUGCCCGUCGGUGAACGAUCGAAACAGGAACGGCAAGAAGAGGAUGAAGAAGAAGAAACAGAUGAUGUCGUCAAAGAGAUGAAAGGCAAUAGCCUCGUCAAUAACGGCCACAAGAGCGGCUUUGAUCAUCGGGCCAAAGUCGCCGGCCAACCCAAUGCAGGCGAGACGUCCACAUCUGCAACGAACGGCCCUCUUUACCCCGAUCAGGACCAGGAUUGGCAUCGUCAAACGUCUCAUUACACGUACGUGACUCGAGCGCGGACGAGCUCACCGCCAACCCGAUCUACUACCAACCCCACCACCACAACAACAACGACUGAAAGUCCAGCCACGACAUCUGGCCGUGCCGACGAUAACGAAGAGGAAGAGAUUCCGUUUGACGAGGAGGAAGAUGAUUACCGCUCGGAGCGAAGGACGAUCGCGAGCAACUGGCCGGAUCGCAUCGAUCCGAUCCCGACGUUUUGGCCCACCAGUAACUGGUGGGGCUCCAUCGAUCCCAUACGCAACGAUGGCGGAUCGCAGCAGCGCGGCGGUCAGUCGCGUCAAUCGAACCGCAUUCCGACGUACGCGCCUCCGCCACCCAACAACAACAACAACAAUCGCAACAGGGCGGAUAAUGGCGCCGGUGGCGGAGGCGGUGGUGGUGGUCAAGUGGCUCGAUCAAGCAGCUCACGACCUUCACCGCCACCUUAUUUGCAAUGGCUUCUGGCCGGAUUGGUGCAGCAUCAACCUGAAGUGGGACAGCCAUCGUCGUCGUCGGCCGCCUCUAAGAACAGCAAGAACGCCGGCAACGGCCGAACGGGCGGCGCUAAACACGGCGGACAUAACCGAUCGAAAUUGAGGAACGCUUCGGCCGGCCAUCACGGACAGCAGCACCAGAAGAGCGGUGCCAACAAGUCCGCCAGUCAUCCGGCCAGCGCUGGCUCACCGUCUGCUGUUGUUUUGGGCAAAGGGAAAGCGGACAGUUUGAAGUUUGAAUGGCUGCUGACGCCCUGGUCAAAGUGUUCGCAAACAUGCGGCGGUAGUGGGUUCCAGGUGCGAGCUGUCCAGUGCAUUGCCCGUCUAAAUAACGUCACCAAAUCGGUCGAGGCCAGCCUUUGCGAGGACGCUGGACUAGCCAAUCCUGAUGAUGCUGGAUCAGAGGUCACCUCGGCGUUGACGGUCAGGAGCAAGCAGCCGGCCACUGUCCAGAAAUGUGGACUGGAUACGUGCCCGCGAUGGGUUGCAGCAUCUUGGACUCCGUGCCAUCAGUCACGCUGCUUUACUUGGAACACGGCGCUCCAAAAGAGGCAGCUGGACUGCGUUAUGGACAAUGGUACCGUGCUGGACCCCAUCCUGUGCAACGAUCGUGACAAACCUGCCCAGAAGCGCGAGUGUUUCAACGAGAACUGCAAGGGCACGUGGAAAGUCUCGGACUGGUCUCACUGCACGGCUACUUGUGAUUCCGUUGGUCACCAAUCGCGACUACUGCGCUGCGUUUGGUACGACACUGAUUCUCCCGCCGGCCUCGCCUGUGCUGACUUACCUAGACUACCUGUAACGCGUCCCUGUCGGGGACCUCCGUGCCCUAAACGUGGACAAUGCCGGGAUCAGUCCAGCCACUGUGGCCUAGUCCAGACGCUUGAAUUGUGUUACAUCCCGCGUUAUCGCCAACACUGUUGCCAAACGUGUCAUCACCACCAGUUAAAAGAAACUGAUCACUUCAAUCGGAGCCAAUCCAAUAGGAAAAAGAAGAAAAGGUUUAAAAAUCCCACCGAUAAUGUUAACGCCUCGUCUACUGAUGACAUCCGUUCCUAAUUCCAUCCGUUCCUUCAUCACCGAUAUACCUAAAAACAAAAGCAAAUUUUUUAUUUCAAAAUAUUCACCCAGUCAUUAAAAAAAAAAAAUAAAUGUUACAAACCCUCCCCGCCGAAAAAAAAAACAAAUUCUCGACUUAAUUUGCUUAAAAAAAAAAAAUGAUCAUGUUUGAUUUUCCGUGUCAUGUAAAAA